ACAAUCUUUCUCUCUUUAGUUUAAAGCUGCCAUCACCAAACCCCCGACUCCAAAGAAGCUCAAAGUGAAUCAGAAAUGUACAAGUCUGAGGAAGAUAAAAGCAAAGGAUGAGCACAAACUUAAGAGGAGGCAACAUAAGCAGUCAUUCAUAGAAAAGCAGACGAUCAACGAGGAGAUUCUGCUGCAGAAAGAAGACUCGACGACACAGAUUGAACAGAAAGCCUGGUUGCUGUACAGGGAUCGAGUCCUGCUGCAGAUCAGUCAGAACCUGGAGCUGCUGAGAGAGGAAACGGGCCUCCAGGCGUCAGCUCUGACCCAGAGUCUGAAGCCCUGGCUGGAGCUGGACUCAUCGAGGGGGAACCAGAUCGCUGAGCGGAUCCUGAACUGGAAGCAGGAGCCGAUGGAGACGCUCGGACCGGUCGUCGAGCUCCUGCUGGAGAGGAAGAACCGCGUUUGGGCUCGAAUCCUGAUCCAGCUGCUCAGUAGCUGCCGGGAUAUAAAUCCUAAACUCCACAACUGGGCGAGCCACCUCAACGACGCAGGUCUGAAUGCUGCCAAGUGCUUCAUUGAUCGCCACGCGGGACACUUGGAGACGCUUGAUCUAGCUUUUUUGCUCGGCUUUGGCCCGAUGCAGGACUCAAUAAUUGAAGAGUUUGAUAUUAGCCCAGAUCUUUUUUCAACCAUUGGCUUGACUGAGACUGAAUACCUAAAACAGGCCCCGCAUGAUAACAUGAGACUCUUUAUCUGGACUCUGGAGGAACAAAGAGACCAGUUUCUCUCCUGCCACGCUAUACUGGAUGAGUAUUUUGAUAUGAUGGAUGGACAUUGUUCAGUCUUAAAAAAGUCUGAUGAAAAUCAAAAUAAUUCUCCUUUGAAGAGUCGAGCCCGGAAAAAGAAAAAAGGACCAAAGGGUGUUAUUGUUUGGUCUGGAAACAGCAGCCAAACGCAGAGAGAGGAAUGGGACCAAGACUUUUUUGAAGAUGACACUUUAUCAUUCCUUCACCCCGUUGAUCCCUUCAGUGUCCCGAGUCACCUUCGAGAGCAAGUGGCCUUUUUUGAGGACCAGUACAACACCACGAGACACAGAAGUCACUAUAAAAACAUUUUGGACAACAACCCCGACCCGACCAAAGAGAGUUUGUAUGACUACUUCGCUCAGAUCCUGGAGGAGCACGGUCCGCUGGUCGCUGAGGACCCUCUGCUGGUGGGAGAGCUGGAGAACUUCCCUGUCGUUGCUAAAGACAAGAUCCAGGAAGUGGGCGGCUUCGAGGUCUUCCUCCUGGAUUCUCUGCGCUUCAUAAAGAUGGGGCAGUGCAUCGGCCUGGCUAAACACGCCGUCACUCUGCAGCAGGCCGGACACGGAGCCAGUUUGGACGACCUGGACGAUAUCACCGAUCCCGACAUUGAGUAUCCGUGUCCUGGUUUGGACGAGGGUAGUUUUAGUGCUUUCCCUUGCGAUCAGAACGGUUAUUCAUACGCACAGAAUGCCCAUCCCAUCCUCCCAAAUCCAUAUGCAUUUGCCCCCCUGCCUUAUGCGCCUGCCUUUGUUGGAGUUAAUAAUCAAUUUUACGCCUGGAGUAAUGGUGACGAUGAAAAGCAAGACCCUUACUUUAUACCUGAUGACUACGGAGCGUUGGAUCUACUUCGCAGUGCGGGGGAUCGAGGAGUUUCUGAAACAUCGUCCGUUUCAUCUGAUGAAAGAGUUUUGAAGAAACAUGCCGCUGUACAGACGUGCAAUGAGACCGUGAGGAGUGUAGCGGUGAAUACAGAGAUUUACGAGCGUUUUGAGAGCUGCCCGGGUGACAUCAACAAAACGCAACACUACGGAAGGGUGUUGGAGCAGAGCAUGAAGGAAAUAUCGAAAGACUGCGACAAAGUCAACCUGACGCACAAAGAAGACCUUGCUGUCCUGGAAGGAGAGGUUCAGCAGAUCACCACCAACAUACAGGUGACCAAUCAGGAGCUGGGGAUGUUCCAGCAGAAGUUGGAGGAGGAGGUGAAGAAGGACCAGAAGGAGAAGAGAGCGAACCAGGAGGGUCUGAAGGCUCUGAAGGUGGAGACGGAGGAUCUGGUGACGCAACUCAGGAGGUGAGAGAAAUCACUCUGUGAACAAAUGUCUUA